CGGGCAGCUUUGGACUGGUCGUACUGCUGCAGUUCAGAACGUUUCUUAAAUACCGAGCAGCGCCGCAUCGGAAGCGCCAGUUUCGCUGAAGGAACUAACCGGAACAGAGGAAUAUCUUUUGCGAUUCUGGAUUAGUCCGGUGGAGAUGUAAAUCAUUCGCCCACAGCUCGCUCACUCCAGACACCUGCGCGAAUCGUCAGAGCGAUAUUCUAGCCGUACACUUCCGAAUCUGACACACUUCCCGAGAGAUCCCGCAUACCACCGCACGCACCUCACGCACCGCACCAUCGCAAAGCCAUCGCCAAUCGCAACCACAACCUCAAACGCAGCAAGAAACCGGAGGAAGGACAGAAGAUGGCCAGUUACUGGAGAUACGCGUUGGUUUGGUUGAUGCUGCUCGUCACGCUGUUCAGCGUCGCACAAUCGGCCUCGGUCGCUACGGCCGUCGAUGAUGGUGACGGCGCCGCGGCUGAUGAUGAUGCUGACGUAGGCCACAGCCAGACCAAUGCGGAGAUUGAUAUCGAUACGGAACAGAAGGCGGCCGGGUUUACCGUGUACGAUUACGUGGCCGUCUGCGCCAUGCUCGUCAUUUCGAUCGGUAUCGGAGUGUUCUAUGGAUGGUUCGGUAAGAAGAAGGGCGCGGAUGCUGAGGGAGGAGCGGAUAGCUCCGGAGGUGAUUUUCUGCUCGGUUCGGGCAUGAGCCUGUUCCCGGUGACGCUCAGCCUUACGACGAGCUUCAUCACGGCCAUCGAGCUGCUUGGCAAUCCGUCGGAGAUGUUCUUCAAUGGGACGCAGUUCUCGCUGAUCGUCAUCUCGAUGGUCCUGGUAGUGCCGGUUGCGGUCAAAGUGUUUUAUCCGAUCUACUACAAGCUCGACGUAACGAGCUGCUACGAGUAUCUGGGUAUGCGGUUCGACAAGCGUAUCCGUGUGUUCGGUGCCAUCCUGUACAUACUGCAAAUGCUGUUCUACACGUCGGUUGCAGUGCUGGCCCCGGCUAUCGCCCUAUCGGAGGCAACAGGUCUCGAUAGGUACAUCGCAGUCGUGCUGAUCUACUUCGUCUGCAUCUUCUACUCAUCGCAGGGCGGCAUGAAGGCAGUCGUUAUCGCCGAUACGUUCCAGGCCGUCGUCCUGCUGGUCUCACUGGUGUUGAUUCUCAUCCUCGGCACUCACUACUCGGCCGGACUGUCGGAUGUAUUCUCGCGGGCCUCGGACCACGGAAGGAUUGAGUUUUUCAACUUCGAUCCAAACCCCACGACGCGCCACUCCGUGUGGUCCGUCAUCAUCGGGGGCUUUUUCUACUGGACCUCGAUGUUCUGCACCAAUCAGGCGUCCGUUCAAAAAUGCAUGUCAUUAAAAUCGCUGAAAACGGCCAAACAUGCCCUCUACCUCGCCCUACUCGGAUUGAUUGCGGUGUUUUUGAUGAACUUCUACACGGGAUUGAUGACUUUCGCGCACUACUCCGAGUGCGAUCCGUUGGCGGCGGGCCAGAUAACGGCCAAGGAUCAGCUGCUCCCAUUCUACGUGAUGGAUGUGUUUGGCCACAUCAAAUUCAUGACCGGCAUCUUUGUGGCAGGGAUUUUCGCCGCCAGUCUCGGAACCGUUGCGGCAGCACUGAACUCACUGGCGGCCGUCACCAGCGAGGAUCUGCUGGUGAGUGGAAUGGAAUGGAAGAUCCCGCAAGGCAAGGGAGCGUUGUACGCCAAGUGGAUGUCCUUAGGUUUCGGACUCGUUUCAUUUGGAUUGGUUUUCGUGGUGGAACGGCUCGGUGGCAUUCUGCAGGCCACGCUCACCCUGAACGGUCUCAUCGGUGGCGUUACGCUGGGGCUGUUCAGCCUUGGUAUCCUGUUCCGUCGUGCCAACAGCAAGGGUGCCCUGUACGGUGGAGUAACGGCACUGCUACUGGUCAUCGUCGUCGGUGUGCUGGCACAGCUUAACAACGAAGAUCCGGCCCCGCUACCAUCGUCAGUGGCCGGCUGCAAUGCGACCAUCUUGGGAGAUGCAGGAAACCAUCCCGGACUGAUGUAUGAAGUGCAUCCGGCGGAUGGCUCCUCCCUGGCUUUGGCGCUUUCGUUAGAGAACGAUGCGUCAGGUACGGCGGCCGACCUGCGGCAGCUUUGGAAUUCCGAGGCUCACGAUGGCAGCUUCUAUAGACAUACCCGCGAUGCAGAGGAGCAAUCGACGGAUUCCUCCGACGAAUCCUGGUUCUCAUCGGUGCUCCGGAUCAGCUACAUGUGGUACAGCUGCCUCGGCGCACUGCUUACCAUGCUGUUUGGCAUCAUCAUUUCGCUCAUCUUCGGCGAAGAACCGCUGCCUACCGGUUGCUGCUGCUUCGGCUUCGGUCGCCGUCAACCUGAAUCUCCCCUGCCAUCCGGCAAUGGCAGGAUCUCGACCGUCAGCGGAGGUGUGGUGGCAUCGGCGGGUGCGAACGAUGCAAAUGGAACCGAGAAGAGACCGAGUGGCAAGCUGAAUGUCGGUUCGAUGGCACCGCUGGCGCUGAUGAUGCGAACUUCGGUAAAGUUUAGCCCAUCGGCGGCCACCACCACGACCGACGAUUCCCCGGCUAGGCCGUACCGGACCGAGUCGCGGGAAAGCUUCGCGAACGCGGCCAGCCUUAGCUCGAGCGUCGCCAGCAUCCUUUCCAUCGACCAGCAAACGGUUUCGUCCGAGCUCGGCUCGUACACGGAACCGGAGCAGGAGAAUCGGCCCGGCCCGGGGGCGGUGGACCCGUGGAAGGACUGCUCGGGGGCACCGGCGCACCGGCCGCCCACCGGAAAUGGCAACCAAUUGGGCACGAUGCUGGCCCGGUCGGUGGCGGCGAAGGAAAGCGAAAGAUUUUAA